AUGAGCACAAGAACAAGAAAUAAAAUACGCGAAUAUUUAUACGUAAAGAAAAAUAAAUUGCAAGAAAAUAAUACAAUAAGAAGUACUAGAAAUGCUUUUAUAGGAUUAGUAAUAAAAAUGGCCUUUAUGGCAGCACUUCUGGUAGUGCAGCAAGCCAGUGCAGCAAUAAAAAAGAAUGAAGUGCAAGAGGUACAGGGAGAGGAAAUAUUCAAAGUCGAAGGAGUGCCAUAUAUGGCUAAUCCAGAUGGGCCACUCAGCCCAAUUAUGCUGUACUUAGGCAAAAAGGUAGACUACAUUUAUAAAAAACGGAUGGAUUCUUUAGAAAUAAAGAAGUAUCCUUCAUGGAGAACAGAUAUAACAAACCAGCACCGCGUGAUAUUUAAUCUAUCCAACGAUAAAGUAUAUAAGUUUUCCAUAACAGGGAAGAGAGUGCCAACAAACACUGUAUCCUACUAUACCACUCUUAUUCGGGUUAUAUCGGGUUAUAUAUCAGAGUCAGUUAGAAAUAUGCCCACUAGGCAGUAA